CCUCGUUCAGUACCACAAGAGGGAAACAGAAUAGUUCUGCCAGGUGCGCACGAAUGGAUUUGAGUUCUGCAAUUUCUUCGGACUUGCUCGAGGUGACGAAUCUGCCGUUACGGCACAGUGCCUGGGCACGCAAAGUCCGAACGUGAAGCUCGUGGAAUCUGCUGCGGGAGGAAGGACGCCAGGGUUUCUUGGGCAACUGCAGUCAUGGCGGCCUCACCGCCCAGUGCCGGUGGCUCCGAACCUGAGGCGGCGGGUUCCACCGAAGCUCAGCUGCAGUACAGCCUUCUUCUCCAGUACUUGGUGGGUGACAAGCGUCAGCCCCGGGUCCUGGAGCCUGGAAGCCUGGGCGGGAUCCCAAGUCCAGUCAAGAGCGAUGAACAGAAGAUGAUCGAGAAGGCGAUGGAAAGUUGCGCCUUCAAGGCAGCGCUAGCCUGCGUGGGAGGAUUUGUCUUGGGCGGUGCAUUUGGGGUGUUCACUGCCGGCAUCGACACCAAUGUGGGCUUUGACCCCAAGGACCCUUACCGCACUCCGACGGCAAGAGAAGUUCUUAAAGACAUGGGGCAGAGAGGAAUGUCCUACGCCAAAAAUUUUGCCAUUGUGGGCGCCAUGUUUUCUUGCACUGAGUGUUUGGUAGAAUCUUACCGGGGAAGGUCCGACUGGAGGAACAGUGUCAUCAGUGGCUGCAUCACCGGAGGAGCCAUCGGUUUCAGAGCUGGCUUAAAGGCUGGGGUCAUUGGGUGUGGAGGCUUCGCGGCUUUCUCCGCUGCAAUCGAUUACUAUCUGCGGUGAGAGUGACGGCCUGCCUGGAAGGACAGCCCCAGCCCAGGGUCAGAGCUGCUCUGAGGGGGGCGUUUUCUGCACAACCCCGGGCACUCACUUCCCACACCGAAGACAUUGAUUUUCCCUCCAGUGGCUGAUGUCGUGAGGGCGCCGCCUGGCCGCUGCGUGCCUCCAGCCUCUGAGCAGCCACGCUCCCUGCUCCUGGACUCCAGCCAGGCCGUGCGGGGACGUGCGUGCUAGCCUCUCUCUGGCAGCUUAGGAGUCAGUGUGUUGACUUGUAGAAACUAAGCUCCACAGACUCAGUCCUGACCACCCUGGCCCUCCCAUUGUUUGGUGCCGUGGGAGCAGGAGGGACUUCACACGGACGCAGGAAGCUGUUCCACCUGGGAACGCCACGUGGUCACCAUCCCACGGGUCGGGGCUGGGCCAAGUGACCUUACGCCUUCCGGCCAAUUAUGUCAUUGUGUUUAGUAUUCUGCUAUCCUUGUUAAAAAUAUGUAUUUAUAUUACAGUUUAAAUGGUUUAUUUUUACUUUCAA